AUGUCGAGGAACGACGACGACACAGACGCCGGCCGUGCACGUCCACGCGAAGGGAUCGACCACGGGCGCGGGGUGGCGACGACGCCGACGCCGACGACGACGGCGUCGGGGAAGAAACGGGCGCGAAGUGGGGCGAUGCCGCGCGCGCGCGAUGGGGCGUCGCCGACGCGGCGCAGGGGGCGACCGCCGGCGGGGGCGAAAGGGGGAUUCUCGGAUUCCGCCCGCGCGCUCGGAGGACGCGAGGCGACGGGAUGGACGCGCGCGGCGUACGCGGAGAUGGUGACGCGGAGUGUGAUGAUGUAUCACGUGGGAUUGAUGCAAGAGGCCAUGCGGCGGGCCGCGAUGGAGGCGCACGCGCGCGCGUUCGUGGUCUCGCAAGAGCGCGCGCGGGGCGGCGGCGGGACCGGAGGGGCGCCAGAGGCGCAGAAACAGUGGCCCAUCGUCCCGCAGGUGUCCACCGCGAUCUGUCCGCCGAGGAGAGACUCGUUGAAGCCGACCCCACCGGGGGCGUUCGGUAAGCGUGAGGCGGUGAACGCGGGGGUGCAAGAGGCGAACGCGGCGAAGACAAAGGCGAACGCGGCGAGGGCGGCGCUACGCGUCGACGGCGUCGACGAAGCGUCGAGAUCGUCGCGCGACGAUCGAAACGCCGCGGUGGCGAAACGCGUGCAGGAGGCAAAGUUUUUGCUCGACCCAUCCAAGGCGCUGGAUGCGAACGCGCUCGCGAACGAGGUGGACUCGGACCGAACGGACGCGUCGCGGCGUCGAGUGCGCGCGAGGCGAUCGGGCGCUCCGAGCCCGGAAUCGAGUUUGGGCGCGCGAAGAGAUCCCGGGGACGACGGACAACCCGCGGGAUCGGAGGCGCAUGGAUCGAAAGGAAGCGAGAAGGAGAGCAAGAGCGCGGCGGCGGCGUGA